AUGUCUACGCUGGUGAAGAAUCGGCGCUUCUGUCUUGACCUUGGUCAGCUCGAUCCGCAGGUCACGGACUACGAGUUGAUCGUUGAUUGUUGCUCGCAGGGCAGCUCCAGGAAAGCGCCCUUGCUGCCUGCAGAGUUCACGGAGGCACUUCGGCAGUGCACUUUCACGAACCGUGGUGAUGAUGGACCACGCGUGAGUGCCCUUUACGAGCGUGCUUUUCAGGAUCAACUCUCGCGUGUCGAGAGGCUGUGGUUGUUUGGCUUGGACUGGGACGACCGUGACGCAGCCCAGCUGGCAAAGGUGCUCAUGACCGGUGUCUGCUCGCAUCUCGAGACGAUUGACCUCAACAACAACAAUAUCCCAUCAGGGUGCAUCCGUUCUUGCGAGCGCAAUGCAAUCUGUUCCAACAUUGAAUGUGAUUAUUUUAGUAGGCAAUGGGUGUAG